AUCAUUUCCGGGACUUGGCCAUCUUUCUUUCUUAUCUAUGUUUGUUUAUCUUUUACAUAAUAAGAGGUCAAAUUGAAAAAACAAUUAAAAUGAAAAUGAUGCCUCUCCUCCAGCUCUCCUCUUGUUUUUGUUCCUCAUACAACAAAACAUCUCGGUCUCAGACCUCCCUCCCAAUUCCUACUUUUCCCAUUUCCUGUUUACUUUUGUGAGGUAAACUCUUUUCACUCCCUUUCUCCAAAAUGGGGUUUUCUUUCUGUACAUCACUUUGAUUCCUCCUUCGUUAUUCCUUUUCCAUACAAACAGUUUCUUUGCUUUGCUUGGGUGGUGGGGUUUUGUUGCUUUCUUGUAUUCCUUUUCUGAUUUUUUUUCCCUUUUACUUUUCUUGUUCUCCCCAGAUUCUUGCUCUCUCUCUCUCUCUCUCUCUCUCUCUCUCUUUUAUUCUUCUUAAUAACUUGUGGAAAUAUAAUAGCAUUUUGUUUCACUCACCCACAUGCAUGUUCUUGGGUUUGUCUGAUCUGGAUUGGAUCACAAGGAUAGCUUAGCUUCUUCUUUUUUCUUUUAACUUGCAGAGAAGAUAGUGAGAGAGAGAGAGAGUUUUGUGGUGGGGUUUAGUGCCUGAGUCUCUUUUGGUGCAAUCUUGGUCUCUUUGGGGGGUCACAGAAGAACCAAAAAGAAGCAGAAGACGGGAUAGUGAUCAUCCACCUUAUCUUCUUGUGUUCCGGUAUUGGAUCAUUGAUUGGGUUUUUGGUUGUGUAUAUAUAGUUUGGGUUGGUGUUAUAUUCUCCUGAGGCAUGGCUGGAAUUGAUGUUUUGAAGUAUGCUCAUAGCCCUGUGCACAAGGCCAUAGUCAUGAGGGAUUAUGCCAGUCUCAGGAGGAUUCUUGCUGGUCUCCCCCGGCUUUGUAACCCUGCUGAGAUUCGAACUGAAUCAGCUUCAUUAGCUGAGGAGGAGAAGGCUGAUGCCAUUGCUGCUGUGAUUGAUAGGCGAGAUGUCCCGAAUCGCGAGACCCCUCUUCACUUGGCUGUAAAACUUGGUGACCAGACAGCUACUGAAAUGCUUAUGGUUGCUGGAGCGGAUUGGAGCUUGCAGAAUGAACAUGGAUGGAGUGCACUCCAAGAAGCAAUUUGCAAUAGAGAAGAAGCAAUUUCCAUGAUUAUAGUUAGGCACUACCAGCCACUGGCUUGGGCAAAAUGGUGCAGAAGAUUGCCUCGUUUAAUUGGAACUAUGCGGAGGAUGAGGGACUUCUACAUGGAAAUUACAUUCCACUUUGAGAGUUCUGUUAUUCCUUUCAUUUCGAGAAUUGCCCCAUCAGAUACUUACAAGAUCUGGAAAAGGGGUGCAAAUUUGAGGGCAGAUAUGACAUUGGCUGGUUUUGAUGGUUUCAGAAUUCAGCGUUCUGAUCAGAGUGUUCUUUUCCUUGGUGAUGGGUCUGAAGAUGGUAAGGUGCCUCCCGGGUCACUUUGCAUGAUCUCACACAAGGAUAAGGAGGUGAUGAAUGCUUUGGAUGGUGCUGGUUCUCAAGCAACUGAAGAGGAAGUUCGGCAAGAGGUGGUUGCAAUGUCUCAGACUAAUAUAUUCAGGCCUGGGAUUGAUGUGACUCAGGCAGUUCUCUUACCUCAGUUGACUUGGAGGCGGCAGGAGAAAACAGAAUUGGUUGGUUCAUGGAGGGCCAAGGUAUAUGAUAUGCAUAAUGUGGUUGUCAGUAUCAAAUCUAGGAGGGUCCCGGGGGCUAUGACAGAUGACGAGUUUUUUUCAACUUGCAACGAAAAUGAAACAGAAAGUGAGGAACUCAAUGAUAUAUUGACAGAGGAUGAGAGGAGGCAACUUGAAAUUGCACUUAAACUGGAUUCGUCCGAAUUGUCGAACGAGAAUAGUGACGGGAUGAUUGAGCAUCGUCAUAGUUGUUAUGAGCAUAGGGAGAUUCCUAUUGAAGAUGUAAGUAAUGGUAGGAAUGGAGAGAAUAAUAAGCAGGAAAAAAAAGGAUGGUUUGGUGGAUGGAGGAAAAGAGAUAAUAAAAAUGAAGAGCAGAAAAAGCUUAUACCCCCAAGAAGUUCUCUCUGUGUAGACGAGAAGGUGAGCGAUCUGCUAGGGGAUUCUCCUUCAAGAAAUCAAAGCAGACCUGGAAGAAGUAAUGUGGACGUCGUUAUGAGGGGGGAUGAUCACCGGAAAGGAAGGGAUAUGAAGGCAUCUUCCUCUACGAGUUCUGAUAUCAGAAAUCGUCACAAGGAUGCAAGCAAGGAGAACGAGUAUAAGAAAGGGUUAAGGCCUAUUCUCUGGCUUUCCCCAAACUUUCCUCUACAAACAGAGGAACUGUUGCCAUUGCUUGAUAUUUUGGCAAACAAGGUUAAGGCAAUCCGUCGUUUGAGGGAGCUGCUUACGACCAAACUUCCAAUGGGAACAUUUCCUGUCAAGGUUGCUAUCCCUGUGGUUCCUACUAUCAGAGUAAUUGUCACUUUCACAAAGCUUGAAGAAUUACCACCCACGGAUGAAUUCGCAACACCCCCAUCGAGCCCCCCUGUUGCAGGCACAGAGAGCCCAGCUGCAAUGCAAUCCUCAAGUUCAUCUUGGUUUCAGUGGAUAAGAGCUCCUUACAACCGCCCUAGCUCGUCUGCUACUGGUUCUAGUAGUAGGAUUGAAACCAUCCAAGACCCAUUUGCAAUUCCCCCAGAAUAUACAUGGGUUACAGUUGAGGCAAAGAAAAAGAAAAUGCAGGAGAAGAACAAAUCAAAGAAAGGGAAAAGUCACCACAAAUGAGGUGAGGCGUGGGGAGAGACUUAAGACCCAAAUGUAAAGAGGAUUUAGCUCAACAAAGGAACUCAGCAAGAUACCAGAUAGAGAAUAGUAUUUCAUUAAUCGGUGAUUUCGUGAUACUACUGUAAGGAGAAAAAAGACUGAUAUUAGAGAAGGCUUUGGUAUAGAGAAGUGAAUCGCCCUUUUUUUGAAGGGAAAAUCUACUGAAUCAUUGUGGGGGUUGGGAACAAAUUUAGGAAAAUAUUGUGAUUCUUGCGACAUUUGGUGGAUGUUUACACACCAGUUUGAUUACUUAAUUCAUUUCAUUUGCAUAGAUAUGGGGGUUCAACUUCACUCACAACAUACUCAACAGGCUGCUGUUGGAAUAUUUUUUUUUUUCCUCGUUUAAUUUAUCUGCAGCUUUUGCCUU